AUGAUGUAAAACAAAUGUAGCAAUGGUUAGAGUCAGUGCCAAAAAUGCCUGAAUAAUUGGGUGAGCAGCUUUGGGUAAUUUUGCUGGUCUUUAACCAUUGUGAUAAAAGUUGUCCUUUCCUAUAUUUUGUUUCCCUUGAUUUUAAGUGUCCUGGCUAAGAUAUUACUUUUGCAAGUGAUCACAUUAUUUGACAGGUAAGUUGGUUUCUGCCAAUGGGACAUUCUGAUAUGUUUCAUUAAUAUUUUGCAUUUUUAGUCAUAGACAUGUAGUAAAAGUGUAAAACCCCCACUGCAGAGAAGGGCAUUUGGAGUGGUGGAGGCUGGAGUUGCCUGUGGAUCUGAUACCAACUGGCAAUGAAGGCAGUGCAAUGGCUUGCCAGAAAGACAAUAUAUAUCACACUCGCACUCUUCAUUCAUGAUUGCAUGGAAUAGUACUUGUUCCUUGUGACCCAUCCUCUAUUGGUUUCGUUCGUGGCAACUAAUUAAGCUUGUUGUUUCGUGGAUUUUCAUUUAAUUUCAUUUUGCAAUUAAGUCUUCUUCUUUGUUAAAGUUCAAAAACUAACUGAGCUCUAAAGGCCUCAUGGAUUUCCAAGAUAAGUUCUUUGAAAUAAAGAUGCAUUUGCUGAGAGAUGUGUCACCCAUCACUUCUGGAAAUGAAGGAGGUUUGAGAAAUUUGACCAUUUUUAUGGACAAAGCAAUUAUAUUUAUCAAAGAGGGGCUUCUGAGUGUGGAAAUGCUUCUUUCUCAAAAAGCAAUCUCGUUUAUUCCAAAGAAAGGUGGGACACCAAGGAGGAAUGAAAUAGUUUUCAUAUCACCCACUGGUGAGGAGAUAAAAAACAAGAGACAGUUAGAGCAGUUUCUCAAAUCUCACCCUGGAGGCCCGUCUCUGUCUGAAUUUGACUGGGGCACUGGUGACACACCAAGGCGUUCUGCAAGAAUUAGUGGAAAGGCAAAGAUGACUGAGACCUCAGAAACUGAACCUCCAAAGAAGCGAGAGAGGAAAUCAAGCUCAAAGAAGGAAGCAGAAGAGAAGAAAGAUAAUGGUAGUGGUGAAGGUGAUGCUCCUCAAGAGGAAGAUGUUACCCAUCCUGCUGCAGAAGAAAUUAAGUCAAAAAUAGAUAUAGAAAUGAAUGAGGCAGAGGAUGGGGGAAAAGAGAAUGAUGCAGCAGCUCCUACCAAUGAAGCAGUAAUGGUUGAUGAUACUUUCAAGCAGGAUUCUCAGCAGACCAGUGAGGGGAAAGCUGAGAAAAUGAAUAUAGAGAAGCCUGAGAAUCCCGAGCAGUCAGAAAAUAAGGAAAACAUCGAGCAACAACCAAUAGAAUCUGUGGCACUGCCCCCACUCUCUGUGCCCAUUGAGAAGGUAGCCUCUGAGAGGGAGGUGAAAGUCGCUGAGGAGGUAACCUCUGCAGAAGAAAUCAAAGCGGCAGAAGUGUGUUCUGUCAAAGAAAUCAAGCCGGCAGAGGAGGCAUCUUAUGCCAAAGAAGUCAAGGCACCAGAAGGAGAGGCAAUCCCUGAGGAGACUAAAGCAAAAGAAGGUAUCCCUACUAAGGACACUAAGGAGGGAGAGGCCAAAGUAGGUUACUGUCAACCAGAUAAUGGCAUCCAUAAGAAGAGCCAGGAUGAGAUGGAACCCAUGGAGAAACAUUCAAUAAAUGGUGAGGAUGCACAGCAUCAGCCCAAGUCAUCUUGUUAGCUGCUGAAAACCGUAUGUAUUUUCUCCUCUCAAUUUUAUGGUCUUCAUUUAGGAUCUAUGGCCAAUGACUAUUUAUUACCAUUGUUAAAGGGUUUCUUGUGGCACCUACCUGGCGUAGACCAUUUGUAUCUGUAGCACCAUGCUGCUGUGAUCGUUAUUCGCAUUUUCAGUGGCUUCUUCUGACAUCAUCUGGUCAACUUGUAAGCAACAUUCUUGACAUUCAGUACUUGGUAAUAAGGUUUUUUUUUUUUUUCUUAAUGGAAGUACUUUGUAUUAAGUUACAUAUAUUGAUUUAGGCAACCUUCUCCACCUUUGCUUC